AUGAUGAUUCUCAUCUACGCUUUGCCGAUUUUACUGAUCCUUUUUGCGGUUGGAUGUGGUAGAAAGAAAACGCCUAGAGGAUCGAUACGCCGUCCAAAAGCGUCGAAGGCUAGAACUGCCGUGGGAAAUGAGAAGCUGAGCCCAGCUUCAUUGGUUCCGCUUCCACAGUCAACGCCAAAGAAGGCAGAAAGCAAGCACGAUGUGAAGCAUGAGAAAGGUUUCUUCUUCGCAGAAAAGAGCUGCAAAAGUGAGAAGAAAGCUUCGGAGACUAAAGAGACAAGCGAGGAGGAGAUCCUUCCAAAACCAAUCCAUCGAACUGAAAAAGCGGAAGCAAUCGUGAGGAAAAGCGACUAUCCAACUUUCAACGAUAUCUUGAGUGACCGUGACUGGGAGAGCAAAAGCAAGCAGAGCGCUUCCAGAAAAUCCGAAAUGAAGCUCGACCGAGAUCUCAAGAAGGAAAAGAAGGAAAACCUUGCGGAC